UGAUUAUACAAGAGGCAAUGCCGGCGGUAUCCAUCGGAGGAGUGUUCGAUUGGAGUGCCGGAAUACUUCACAGCAAAAGAUACUACGCUGUAAAGGCUCUGUUGGACCCAGGAAAUGACCCAGUGAUGAUGACAUUUCCCGGAUCCUUGGCAUUCAAGCACACGACACCACUUGGGACUAGCGUGUACACACCAGUCAUAUCGGAUGCGGACCAAACCACCACAUACCGGUUUACACUCAGUGGUGCAGGAAACUUUGCCAUCGAUGUAGUAUCUGGAAACAUAACGGUAUCCUCUUCAUUGACCGUUGGUACAUACAGUCUAUCGGUCACUGUGACUGACGCCUGCGGAAGAUCACAGACCCAAAGCUUCAAUGUCAUAGCUACCAAUACGGCACCAACAAUACGUGGUCUUCCUUACAACGCAAACCUGCAUGAGAAUACUGUCACAGAAACUUUGCUUUAUUCGUUCAGCAUUGAGGAUGAAGAUGGCGAUUCUUGCACGUGCAUGUUGGAAAAUACUUUUCCCGCUACAGGAAAUUUCUUAUUAAAAACCAAUUACUCUAAUGAUGCAGUCGGUUAUGAUAUACUUUCCAAAAGUAGUCCAGAUUUGUCUUAUACACCCGUUAACACAUACACGCUGAACAUCAGCUGUUCAGAUGGCAGCGGCACCUCUUAUGGGACUUUCGCUGUAUAUGUUACACAAAAUGUAGCUCCAUCUUUCACGAACCUGCCCAAUUCUCUGGCAUUAUCUGUUACGUCAACAUCAAGAGGAAUGUCCGUAUACCAGGUCCAGACUUCCGAUCCCGACAGCAAUACUCUGAUAAUCAGCAGUACUUGUUCUCCAUCACCGUGUCCUUUUUCCACUUCUACGGGUGGUACAGUGACGACAUCCACCGAUCUAAAGUCGGAGACCACUGUGACCUAUUCCUUGCAUAUCUACGUCAACGAUAGCUCAGUUUCUACAGGUCCAGUUGUUUUGACAAUCAGUUUGACAGAUCUGAAUACAGCUCCGACCUUUCAGAAUCUACCACACUCGUUACAUAUAAGUGAACAUCUUUCCGCUACCUUGGUUAUUUACCAGAUUUCUGUUAAAGACCCAGAUGUUUCCAAUGUGCUGUCAACAAUAUUCACAAUUCAACCUUCUGGUGGGAAUCUACUGUUUGAUGUCAACGCAACUGAUUUAACGAUCAGAAGAAGCACUGGAACAACGUUAAAUUUUGAGAAAUUAACUACAUAUAAUUACACCAUAUCUGUGACCGUAAGCGAUGGGAUUUUCAGUUCUUCUUCGAGUUUGGUGAUAUCAAUUCUUGAUGACAACGACCCUCCCAGCUUCAAUCAGAAUAUUUAUUAUGUUAGCGGCAAUGAAGGCCAGAAGGGAACUGCUCUGCAAGCUGCGGGAUUUACAAUUUCCGACGAAGACUCCGGGGAUACCUCUACCUUUAGCAUUACAGACGGAACGAACUUUGCCAUCAAUGGAUCUACGGGAAUAAUUACCUUUGCUAUAGAUAUGGACGUGUCGGAAACUUCCACCUUUGAUUUAACUGUGCAGGUGACAGAUGCGGGCGGACUGACCGACACGUGUACUGUGGUGGUCACUCUUCAGAAUGUGAACAAGAAGCCGUACUUUACUAACUUACCUAAUACCAUCAGUGUACCAGAAAACACGGCCACAGGGUCACUUCUGAUAUCACUUGAGCUGGUUGAUGAAGACCUGAUAUCUACAACUAUAUCUUACUCUGUUUACCCGGUCUUGUCAUCCAGUUUAUUUUCCUACAAUAUCACAGAGCGUAAAUUUUACCUUGCCAACGGCUUUAAUUUUGACUACGAAACCACAACUGUGUACAACAUAACGUUUACAGCCAACGAUGGAAUAUCGAUCUCGGAUCCAGUGCUUCUCUGUUUAGAGAUCAUCAAUGUGAACGAGUCCCCGUCGUUUCGGACACCUAUGUAUUACGUAACGUUUCAAGAAAAUGAGAGUGGAUAUUCACUACCAAAUAUAACGUAUGACGUCAGCGAUCCAGAUGCAGGCGACACUGCGAGCUUUAAACUCAUAGCUGGUGAAUACAUCACAAGAAUAGGAAUGAACUCUGCUACUGGUCAGAUGCACUUGACAGCAGACUUCUUUGUAGUCAACACUGUCAAUUCUAACCUUACUGUGCAAGCUACGGACAAAAAUGGUCUGUCGUCCACGGCUAUCAUACAAAUAGCAGUGUACCACGUAAAUAAAUCACCGUACUUUACAAACCUACCAUUCACGGUUAGUGUUGAGGAGAACAUUCAGUCUGGAAGUGUUGUGUAUGACGUCACUGCACGAGACGAUGAUACAGCCGACGUCUGCAUUUACAGUGUUAACUUCUUACCCUCUACUGCAACCACUGUGCUUCACUUUGAUUCCACGGACAACAAAAUCAAAUUACGAGCUAAUGCAACAUUGAACUUCCAACUUUAUAGUCUCGUGUUGGCAUCAGUUACGGUACGAGAUUUGACGGGUGCGACAUCAACAGCGAAUCUGACAAUAAACAUUGUCAACAUCAAUGAGUCUCCGAUGUUCUCUUCCAGUGUUUACUAUGGCUAUGUCAAUGAUGGAGAGUUAGGGUUGCCAGUCGAAGCAUCUAUAUCUGCAGUGGAUCCAGAUGUAACUGAUGUCCUUGCCUUCAGUAUCAUCAGCCAGAGUGUCGGUGGAAUUUUCAGUAUACACAGCAGUAAUGGGUCACUGUAUACAGCAGUGCUUGACGCGUAUAAAAAGUCAAACGGAAACUGUACGCUUGUCAUCCAGGUCCAGGAUCAGUAUGGAGCAAACGAUCAGGCAACUGUAAUCAUCAAUGUUCACCACGUGAACACAAAACCAGAAAUAACAAAUUUCACAGGAAGUCAUUAUGUAUCUGAGGUACUCCCCUCUGGUUCCUUGCUAAAUAUUUUCUCCAUAACCGAUCCCGAUACAAAUGACGUCAUUACUGAAAGAGUGGCAUGGAGUCCUGCAUCAGCCGUGAACAAGUUUCUUCUAAACAUUACAAACCGACAACUGUACAUUUACCUAAAGGGUGUUGUCGACUUUGAGACAGAGAAUUCUUACAACUUGUCGUUGAUUUUAAAUGAUGGUAAUGAAGAUUCUCAGGCGUAUGGGUUGAAUUUAGUUCUGAUAGAUGUGAAUGAACCUCCGGUUGUACAGCACAGUACUUACCACGUGUCUGUCAAUGAAACUACAAGUGGUACGGCACUGGAUUUGAACAUUACCAUUUCAGACCCGGAUGUUGGUGAUACUGCCACGUGCAGCAUAUUCAGCGGGAACACCAACCAAUAUUUCGGCAUUUCUCCUACAAGUUGUAAAUUGUUUCUAGCUAAAGAUUAUGAUAUUGAUUUAGGAUUACCCCCAUCUCAUAGUUUAACAAUAAAAAUUGUGGACAGCAAAGGUCUUUCCGCAACAACAACGGUCAAAGUUGACGUGCUCGAUAUCAAUGACAAUAUACCCCAGUUUGAUGAACCACAAUACGUAGUUUUCAUCGCUCCAGAUUCUUUAAUUGGUUCUCAAGUACUGAUACUCAACGUCAGCGAUGGGGACAGUUCCCAGAAUGCCAAGCUAGCAUGCCAUAUGGACACCAGUCAUUUCAGUGCUCUUUUCACAAUCACAACAGACUGUGUCAUUUAUCAAACAGGAAAUUUAGAUGGUGUGGCGGAAGGGACUGAAAUAAAUUUUACUGCAGUAGUACGAGAUGCAGGGUCCCCACCUCUCUCUGCGUCUGCGUUCGUUCGUAUCAUUGUUCAAGGUACUGCAAAACCUCAGGCAAAUGCAGUGUACCAAGUUAAUACAGACUCCGAAGGCAUAGACCUGACUGAUUGGAAAAUUCAAUUGGGAUGUGGAGCCAUCGGUCUGUCAUGUCUUCUAGCUGUGAUAAAUUCAAUAGCUCUACUCCGCAGAGGCUGUAGUAAGAAAACGGAACAGGGAAAGGAUCACUCAAGUUUUAAUGGGAGGGAAAGAACAGAAAAUGCAGUGGAAAGGAAAGAGGAAACGCAUAGCAAACAAAAUCCAGAAAAACGUAAACCUGUGUCUCGAAAUCAACAUCCCAAAGCCAGGAGAACUUAUUCACCGCCUAUAACAACUCCAAAAAUGGAAACCAUAUCUGUUUCAGAUGCUCGUUGUGGGAAUCUUGACAGAAUUCUAACGCCCACGGACAUUGCUGUAAAAGAUUCUUUAUCUUAUGAAAACGACAGACACAUCUCGCCAUUCUUUAAACACAAUCGCCGUGUGAGUGCCAUGGGUCCCAGCUCUAACUUUGAUUUCUGUUGACACUGUUUUGUAUUCUCUCUGUUAAGAAUUUGCUGCUUCGAUAUGUAUGUACGUCCUUUGAAUGCAUUAAAUACAAAAACAACA